AUGAUUAAAAAUGGAGUUAGAUAUAGCAUAUUCAGAAUAUCACGGGCAUAUUAUUCUACAAGAUAUAAUGGGCAAUACUUCUCUAGAAGUCCUUUGAAUUAUGAAACUUUAUCUAAGAGAUUGAACCUGUUUUACAAGUUGUAUCCUCCAAAGAAAUAUAAAGAAUCAAUACCGGGAGGCUUAUUCAUUAAUUACAUUAAAGCCAACAGAAGCUUACAGGGGCAGAAUACUAGGGUGAAUUCAAAAAUUGGAUUCAACACAAAUCAACGAAACAAAAGCACGAAUUUUCUUGACAUUUUGACAUUUUCUAAUAAUGAUAUGGAAACAAAGAUACAAGAAGUUUUUAAUAAUUAUAGCAAUGAGACAUACAUUAACGACGAGAUAGUGAAAUCCUACCUUCUAAUAGAACCAAGAACAAGGAAUAUCCAUCAUUUGAUAAAGACUGUUCGAGAAAACUUUCAGCGUAAUUUAAAGAAGGAACGAGUAAAUAAGUCAGUGGUUCAAACUGCACUUAAUGUACUAUUGACAGAAAAGGACUACUACAACUGCUUUAAAUUAAUUGAUUUGACUUAUUGCUCUGAAGAGUAUUUAAAAUUUUGCAAAAGGGUCAACUAUACAUCACUAGGAUCUAUAUUACUAUCAAGUUUGGCAGUUACUAUACUAGAAGGCUUUCUACUUCCUUCAUUUCCUUUAUUUUACCUAGUAUUCUUGAAUCUAGGAGUACCGUUGUGUAUAAUCUGGUAUAUUAUGAAGGUCAAUUUGGUAGCACAUUUAGGUAGGGUUAGUUGGAGGCCAUAUAACAAUUUCAUCUAUAUUAACAGCCACCAGAAUGAAAUUCUUGCAAUAAACAAAAUCAUCACCCAUUUUGAAGAGCAUAAUGAAAUUAAUAUCAAAAACUUUCAUCACAGUAAAGUACGGCAAAUCUCAAACUUGAAUAUUUUUCAUCAAAAUGAUUAUAUCAUUGAAUUACCUAACACUAAUAGUCUUUUACCAAUCGAUGAUACAAAUAUUUCCAAUGAAGACUCUGAAAUAUUAAAGCUACAGGGAUUUAUCAGACAAGAAAUACGUAAACGUAAAAUGGUUCUUAAUGAUAUUCAGGAGGAAUUGAUGUUUUUAGAAUUUUGGUAUACACAUGGUGAAAAUUUUGAAUGGGUUGAACCCGAUCAGGAUCCAGCGGAGAUCAUAAGAUUGAAAAUAACCAAUAAUUAUCCCAAAGUCUAA